GUUAGCUGACUUUUUACCCGUAGAACAGUUAUCGUGUUAAAUUUACGUAUUUCGUGCGUGUGACAGAGCUUUGCCCAUCGCACAACUUCAUUUUCUACUUGGAAGUCGCAAGACAUAACCAAGUAAAACUGGAGAAUCUUCGAGUAUCUAAGUUUUUCUAGGACGGAUUUUCUGUUUUUACAGUACAUGUUGCUGUAACGACUUGGCGCGACACAGGACAAUCCCAAAAUGCAGCAACCAGUGAUGGAAGAGGGAGCAACUUUUGACACUCCGCAAACAACAACAACAACGGCGGUGACGGCGACGGCUGGUGGGGCAGCGUCGGCGCCUACCCCCUCGUACGACGACCUGUUUCCGGCUUUGCCGGAAUCGUCGCAACCGAAACAGAGCAACAACACCGUAGGACAAUGGGGCAGCAGCAACAACAACAAGAUGAGAGUAGGAUCCUCGGUUAUUACACAAGUAUUCAGGGUCCCGCUAGAAGAACGCAAACUGGACGGUAGCCAUAAAUUCGGCGAGGGCGAGAGCAUCCAGACGUGCGGAAACAUAAUGAAAGAGACCGGCGCGCACAUCGAAAUAUCGCACGGCAAAGAUCAAUCUCUGACUUUCCUGAUCACCGGCAAGCAAAACGAAGUGCUCGAGGCGAAGAGGAAAAUCCUGCAGCACUUCCAAACGCAAGCCAGCCGGCAGAUUCAGAUCCCGAAAGAGCACCACCGAUGGAUUUUGGGGAAGAAGGGAGACAGGCUGAAGGAGCUGGAGAAGCAGACCUCCACGAAGAUAUCGGUGCCCUCCAUAAACGAUAAUUCCGACACCAUCACCAUUCAAGGUACCAAGGAGAACAUCGAGAAGGCGGAGCACGAGAUCAAGGUGACGUCCGAUCAGCAAUCGAAGAAGGCCUCGGAGAGGGUCAACGUGCCGAAAAUCUACCACCCGUUCAUCGUGGGACCGUUCAGCGAGUACGUCAACAAGCUUAUCGCGGAAACCGGCGCCAAAAUCAACAUCCCGCCGCCGUCCGUGAUGAAGGACGAGAUCUUCAUCGCCGGCGAGAAGGAGGGCGUCAUGGCCGCCAAGGCCAAGAUCGAGGCGAUCCACCGCGAGAUGGAGAAAAAGUGCACCACCGUGUCGGUGGAGGUGGCCAAGUCGCAGCACAAGUACGUCAUCGGGCCGAAAGGCUCCACCAUCGCGGAAAUUCUGCAGCAGACGGGCGUGAGCGUCGAGAUGCCGUCCAGCGAUUCCGCUACCGGGACCAUAACCCUUCGCGGACCUCACGAUAAACUCGGUUCCGCUUUGACCAUCGUCUACGAUAAGGCCAACUCCGUGCGCACCAGCGACGUGCAGGCCCCCGCUUGGCUGCACAAAUUCAUCAUCGGCCGCAAAGGACAGAGCAUCAAGGAAAUCACGGCCAACUUGCCCAAGGUCCACGUGGAAUUCAAGGAGGACAAGAUUAAAAUCGAGGGACCGCCCGAGGAGGUCGAAAAAGCUCAGGAACAGAUCGAAAAAAUGUCGAAGGACUUGCAGAACCGCAUGACCUUCAACGAGAUGCACGUCGAUCCCAAACUGUUCAAGCACAUCAUCGGUAAGAACGGCGCCAACGUGAAUUCUCUGAAGGAAAAGUACAACGUGACGAUCAGCAUCGAGGAGAGCGGUUUGGUGCGAAUUGAGGGCGAGAAGGACACCGUCAACAGCACCACGCGCGAGCUGGAAGAGCACAUCCACAAGCUCGAGAACGAGAAGGAGAAAGACGUGAUUAUAGAGCAGCGCCACUACAGAAACAUAAUCGGCACUAAAGGCGAGAACAUAAAGGACAUCCGCGAGAAAUUCAACCAGGUGCAGAUUUUCUUCCCCGGCCCGAACGACAAGCACGACAUAGUGAAGGUGCGCGGCCCGAAAGAGGACGUGGACAAGUGCGGCAGGUACCUGGAGAAGUUGGUGAAGGAGCUGAGCGAGUCCUCGCACCAAGUGGAGGUGCCGAUCUACAAGCAGUUCCACAAGUUCAUCAUCGGAAAGGGCGGCGCGAACAUCCGCAAGAUCCGCGAGGAGACGCAGACGAAGAUCGAUUUGCCGGCCGAGGGCGACAAGAACGACAACAUCGUGAUCACCGGCAAGAAGAACAACGUCGAGGAGGCCAGCAAGAUGAUCAAGAAGAUCCAGGACGAGCUGGAGAACAUCGUGACCGAGGAGAUCACCAUUCCGCCCAAGUACUACAACAGCUUGAUCGGGUCGAAGGGCAAGCUGAUACACAGCAUCAUGGAGGAGUGCGGAGGCGUCGCCAUCAAGUUCCCCAGCGCCGACAGCAAGAGCGACAAGGUCACCAUCCGCGGUCCCAAAGACGACGUCGACCGCGCCAAACAGCAGCUGCUCGAUCUUGCCAACGAGAGGCAACUUGCCAGUUUUACCGUUGAGGUUCGUGCCAAAGCACAACAUCACAAGUUCCUUAUCGGCAAACACGGUGCCAACAUAAAAAAAAUCCGCGACUCUACGGGCGCUCGCAUAGUAUUCCCAUCCAGCAUAGACGACGACAGCGAAAUCAUCACGAUCAUGGGCAAAAAAGAGGCCGUAGAAGAGGCGAAAAAGCAACUCGAAGCCACCAUCAGAGACAUCGACAACAUAACCGAGGACGAGAUGCAGGUCGAGUCCCGCCACCACAAGCACUUCGUGGCCAGGCGCGGCGAAGUUCUGCACAGAAUUUCCGACGAGUGCGGCGGAGUGAUGAUCUCCUUCCCGCGAUCGGGAGUCGACAGCGACAGGGUCACCUUGAAGGGCGCCAAAGAGUGCAUCGAAGUCGCCAAGCAACGCAUCGCCGAGAUCAUCUCGGACUUGGAGAGCAUGAUCACGGUGGAGUGCAACAUUCCGCAGCGUCACCACAGAACCGUCAUGGGCUUGAAAGGUUACAAGGUUCAGAGUAUCACCUCGGACUUCGACGUCCAAAUCAAGUUCCCCGAUAAAAAGAAGAUGAAGACUGAAGACGAGCAAACGCAAGUGAACGGCGACGUGAACGACGAAGGUGAUUACCGCGACGUCAUCAAAAUCACCGGCAAAGAAGCGAACGUCAAGAAGGCCGCGCAAGCCCUGCUGGAACUGGUUCCCAUAACCAUAAACGUCGAGGUGCCGUUCGAGCUGCACCGGUCCAUCAUCGGGCAGAAGGGUUACAACGUGAAGGAAUUGAUGGACAGAUUCGACGUGCACAUCGUGCUGUCGCCUGCCGACGUCAAAGAGGACAUCAUCAAGAUCACCGGGACCCUGAUAAACGUCGAAAACGCCAAGGAAGCUCUGCUCGAAAGGGUCAAGGAGCUGGAAGCCGACAAGAAAGACAGGGAGCUCAAAUCGUUCGCUCUCAGAAUCGAAGUCAAUCCCGAUUAUCACCCGAAGAUUAUCGGCAAACGUGGUGCUGUCAUCACCAAGAUACGCAAGGAUCACGAUGUGCAGAUCAACUUCCCCAAACAAGGUGACCCAGAAGGAAACAUAAUCACCAUCACCGGCUACGAAGACGCCACCGCCCGGGCCGCCGAAGACAUCCAGAAGAUCGUGAACGAACUCGACGACCUCGUGCGCGACGAGAUCAGUAUCGACUCGCGCGUGCACUCGCGCCUCAUCGGCUCGCGCGGCAGGAGCAUCAGGAAGAUCAUGGAGGACUACAACGUGGAAAUUAAGUUCCCGCGCAGCAACGAGGACUCCGAUCCGAACUUGGUCGUCAUCUCCGGACAGGAGGAGAACGUGUCCGAGGCCCGGGAACAUUUGCUCAACUUGGCUGAAGAAUAUCUGCAAGAUUACGAGGAACAAGACACCCGCGAGCACACGCUCACCCUGAACAGCCACUUCACGGAACAGCAGAGCGCCGCCGUCGUGAACCAGCCGGAAAACGCCGCUCCCGCUCAGAGAGGCGGCGGCGGUCGCAACCGCGACGGCAACGGCUUCGUCGUGCAGGGCGGCCCGUGGGAGCAGCGCGCUCCAAACACCGCCAGCAACACCGAGUUCCCCUCGUUCAGGGGCGGAAGAAGUCAACAACAACAACCACAACAACAAAUGGAAGAGCCGCCUCAGACCGCCGCCCCCAUCGGCGCCUGGGGCCGCCGCUAAGCUCCACCACCUCGAAAACACACGUCGGAUUUUUCGAUACCUUCUGCGCAGGUUGCUGUAUAGUUUUAAGAAGAUUGCGAACGUGGUUAAGAACGGCUUUAAAAAUAUCGACAGCUUCAACGCAGUACCUCGUAAGUGAAUUUUUUUUAUAGAAAUUUAGUUUUUUUACAUUCUCCAUCUGCUGAUAAAAGUCUAAACUCCGGCAAAGAAGUGAAACAGAACAUAUGUUCUUUUCACUUCCUGUAAAAUUUAUCUUUGGCGGUUACGUUGAAGGCGCCGAUAUUUUUUGUUUUUAAAACAUUCUUUUGGAAAUAUUGAUGAUUUACUUAACGUUUGUGCGUGCAAAAAACAUUCAGCGUUCUGAACCAUGUUUUUUUACUUUGAUCGCCCCCUCCCCCAUAUAUUUAAUUUUCGCGUCCAGAGUGCGUGUUCGGCGCGUUCUUAUUGGGUAGGAACGUUCGUGUUUUUUUUUAUUUUCAUUCAUAUUUAUAUGUACAGUGCAGAUAAUAUAGUUUUUGAUGGAGAUUAUAUUUAUAAUGAACCAAUAAAACUGGCCGAACACGCGCUUUAUAAUAGCUAUUUUAUAUAUAAGAUUAACUGGACAAACUGUUUGCUGUUGAUUGAUUGAUUGAAUUGAAUGUGUGUACCAUAUUUAUUAUAUUGCUUUUUCGAGUAAAUCUGAAUUUCACUGCCAAAAGCGCGAAGGUACUCAAAACAAUCCGAUAAAAAUUACAAUUAGAUUGUAAUGAGUGAAAAAUAAAAAACUAGUUGCAACGAAAUUUGCAACCUCUCCCCUUACUGUUUGCUGCAUUAAAAAUUGAUAUGCCUGGCUAUCGUACACGGACUCGAUAUGGAAUUUUGAUGAAAUAACACACAAGAUGCAAUGUUUUCUUUUUGUGACGAUAUUAUUAAGUCUUCCCUUAUUGGCCGGCCGCAACACAGGCCUGCCAAACCGACGGCUCUAAUUAAAGAAUUGUAGAGAUGUUAUGAUGAUAAUUAUUACUACCAAGUUCCCUGCUAUAUCUGCGGCACAACGGAAACCCUUUUUGAAGUUUACGAGGAAUGAACUUUGACAAAAAAGUUUUAGGUUGUGCGGCGGAUUUUUAACUACUACCACCCCAAACAAAGACGUCGUCUGUACUAGUUAAGUGAAAACAUGCCUAUACUUGUUAUCAUGCAUAUUUUCUCUCAUACGUAAUUAUUAUUUUUGUUUUAAUUGAUUUAUUAUUAUUAUUAUUAUAUAGAUAUUUUUAAACUUUUAUAUUAUAUUUUUGUGUCAUAACUUCUCUGCUACUUAUACAAUGAGGUGUGGUGCGCAACGGUGCCUUCCUCUUUUUAUAUGACCGUACUGAACUCAAUUAAUUUUUUGCAUUAUUAUAUUGUUAUUAAAGGCUUUUCCUUUUUGUUUUUGUAAGGAGGUGAAGGAUUUUAUAAUAAUGUAUUCUUUAAUUUAAUUAAUAAAAAUAUUUCUUGUAAUAUUAUUGAAUGAAACAAUGAAUCAGACUGAAAAUGCCGGUUGUGUUUUAAAUGUUCGGCAUUACUUAAUAAUAUUCAUUUAUAUGUUUGUGAAUUAUAAAAAAAUAUGCUGUUGAUAUAUAAUCUUCUGUAUAUAAUGAUUAUUUAUAUAUGAGUCCUUGCGGUCGAUUUUGUUAGCCCAGGACAAAAC